GAGUUGCCAGCCUGUCUUUUUUUUUUGCUCUGCGACUCGGCGAGUGGCAGGCAAAAGAUUUCGCGAAUUUUGCAACUUGGGCCAAAUUCCUGGCCCACCGCAGAGAUGGCUAAGAAAAUGUACAACGCUAUUCCCGCCGGCUUCGAGGAUGACGAGGACGAACUCGAACACUACAUGGCAAACUUGAAAAUAAAGCGCUUGGAGAACAUUACAACAGGUGCUGGAAUCAAUGGAACAAACUUUGAUGCCACAUUGGACGCUGAAGCGCAGGAGUUCUUCACAGUGUUUCGCGAAAAAUGGAACAUGUACAGCAAGAACAAGUCGCCCCACCUGGGCCGGGAUCUCGGCAAUGCUCUGAAGGACCACAAAGAGCCGCUGCUGCUGGCUUUGAAGAUCUUCGCCAAUUGUCCCGACUGCAGCAACAUAAAGCCGAAAAGCCUGUCACACUUUGUGCUGGACACAGUGUGCAAGCUGCACCAGGAUUAUCCGCAGCUGGAUUGCGAUCAGAACACUAGCAUGAUAGCAUUUAAUUUCGUGAAGAACUCGGGUGUGCUCUCACUCAACAAUGCCAUAAUCGAGGCAUACCGCCUGCAUCAGAUACGCCAGCUGCUGCUGCCCAAGCUGCGCGAGAUGCUGGACGAUGGCCAGUACAAGGAGGUGGCCCAGUGGGCCAUCAGCCUGCAGGUGGCACACGAAUUUGAUAUGCUGGAGCUGGCGUUUCCACUGAUUGCACAGGAGAAGCUGCCGCUGGCCGAAGUGUACCUGGACCAGGCGACAUCCCAACGCCUGCCGUUUGUUAAGUUUCUUGACUCGCUGCUGCACAAAGAUAAGUCAGUCUUUGAGCUUUGCGAGCCCAUUCUGGACCGCUACAAGAAUUUGAAGGUCUCACAUAAUGUGCUGAGUUAUCGCCCCAUGUCGAAGAUGGUGUCUCGCCUGGCCAAGAAAUAUGGCUUCGAUGAUGGCGUCACCCCGAACUACAAGUUUACAAAAACCUGCGGCUACUUGCAUUAUCUGUUUCGAGAGUACGAGAAGUCGCGCAUUAAUCUGGCCAGCUUUCGGGAGAUGGUUAGCGUGCAUGCCUCCGAUCAUGCCCUACAGGUGGACUUUGUCAGAUAUGUGGCGGGGGCUCAAGAUUCACGCAACGAGGCCGUCUACUGGUACAAAGAGUUCAAGCUGAAGCCCAAGGAUUUUCCGCACGACAUUAUAUCGCAGAUCUCACGCGGCAUUAACGAAGAGGAAGCGCCCCAAACCUCCGAUGAUAAUGGAGCCACUUCUUCGGCCACUGGCUGUGAUAUGUACCUGACCAUGGAUCUGCCAGACGAUUGUCUGCUCAUUGUUGACACGGCAGCACAGUUCGAGCGUAUGCUUGGCCAUCUGAAGCGCGAACAUAUCAUAUACAUGGACUCGGAGUGGGUGCAGAAUGUGUGCGGAGAUUGCCAGCUCUGUCUGCUGCAGAUUGCCACCGUGCGCAAUGUCUACCUGAUCGAUUGCCUGGCCAAGCAGAGCAUCACAGCGAAUCACUGGCGUGCCCUCGGAGCGGAUGUAUUCAACAACAUGAACAUCCUAAAGGUGGGCUUCUCCAUGUACAGCGAUCUGAUGGUGCUGCAGCGCUCGUUGCCGCUGCAAUUGCGCCUGCUGUUGUCGCAUCAUUACCUCGAUUUGCGCAGCCUUUGGCUGGAGCUGAAGAAGCAGCGCUUUGGCAUUGAGCUGCCCUUUGGCAAUGUCAAUCGAGCGGGCGAUGCUCUGUCGGAUUUAUCGCUGGUGUGUCUGGGCAAGAAGCUAAACAAGUCAAAUCAAUGCUCGAAUUGGGCCAAUCGUCCGCUGCGUCGCGAACAAAUAUUGUAUGCAGCCAUUGAUGCCCGUUGUCUGAUGCUCAUUUACAACACGCUGCUGAAUCGCGUGCCCAACAUUAAUGUGGCCAUAGACAAGAGCAUUGCAAGCAACAAUUUCCUGAAACGCGGCGGCAAUGCCAAUGUCAAGUGAUCACCGAUCAUCCCAGAAUACGGAUACCUCUCAGCCCUUGUCUGGUGAUUCUCCUAAACCCCAAACCCCCUACCCUCUUAAUCGUAAGUUCAAUGUUAAAGUUGAAGAGUAUUUAAUAAUAAGUUUAAUGAGCGUUAUUAAGCGUGGUCUAAUCGACAAACCCAAUGUAUUGAAAAAUCAAAAGCAACAACCCCAGAAUGAA